AUGGAGGUCAAGGGGAGUGAAACCGAAGGUUGCUAUCGGGCAAAAAUUGAGAUCACUCUGUAUUUUGUUGCAUUGCAUACUUUGUUGAUGUCAUCCAAGGCUCCAAGCAGUUUGAUGAUUCGGUGUUUCAUUAAUGGUUUCUCUUUUGUAGAUGCUGGAAACUUAGGUCCCUGUGGGAGUUUUAAGGACCGCCGUGUACUAAAGGAUAUUUCCAAUGGUGUGGUAGAGAACAAGGAUGAGGUUGUGAAGGAGAUCAGACAGAGUUUCACCAGGGAUGAUGGCCAAAAAUUGCAUACGAGCAGAAGAUCCAAGCGCCUACAUGGCAAACCAACCGGAAAUCAAGACUUGGAUGGCAGGGAUACCGAUGAUGGCAUAUUUGAGAACAGCUGUAGUAGCUACGACGUUGAGGAGAGAAAGUUAGUUACAAAAAGAAGGUCAAAGCGUCUCAGAGUGAAAUAUACAUCUGAAUAUGCCAAUGGUGAUGCGACUGAAGAUAAAGAUAUAUGGCAGAGCUCUGAUGAUGAUCGUGACAGUUUGGUCCCCCGCCGAAGAUCAAAGCGCUUUGGACCCAAAUUGAGAACUCGAACUAUUCCAAGUGACGACGAAGAUGACAUUGAAGCUGUUUAUUAUCACAGGAAGGUAAUUCCAUGUAGAAGAAUGUCAAAGCGACUACAUGAUAAACGUAAAGCGGAUCACAUUUCUGAUGAGAGCCGUGUUGAAGCUUCUUCACCUAUGCUAUCAGCAUCUUCAUCUUCAGAUAAUGAGUUAUUGUGCAACUUUGUGAAAGCUAGACCAAGAACUUCCGGACCAAUUUGCUCGAUUUGUAAGAGUGGAACUGCCAGCUCUCAUCUCAUUCGAUGCCAGAAUUCUAAUUGUUCAGUCCGCUUCCACACUUUCUGUCAAGAUCCUCCAUUACAAGAUACUAGCGGAACCUGUGAAUGUCCUUUGUGCAAAAUCAAUCAAGUUUCCUUGGCCAGGGCAACAGAAGAGCAUCCGAUAAAAAAGAUACAAAAAAUUGUAGGUAACAGAAUGCUGGCUAUUCAGGAAUUGGGUUUCGAAUAUCAAUUCCUCGUAAAAUGGCAUUCACUUUCUCAUCAUCAUGACUGCUGGGUUCCACUUGAAUGGCUUCAAGUUUUUGAUCGCCUAAGAGUACAGAGUUAUCUGAAGAAGAACACCUUGCUUAAGGAAGAAUAUUCAGAGGAUCAUCGGAAACCUGAAUGGUUUGAAGUAGAUCGUGCCAUUGCUUGUCGGAGGAAGUUUGGGUCUGAUGGUACAUGUGACAUCUUGACUGCUUUUCAUGAUAAUAAAGACUUUGAGGAAUAUGAGUUCCUUGUGAAGUGGAAAGGCCUUGAUUAUUGUGAGGCUACAUGGGAGGCCUGUUGUACGGAAGGUGUGCAGGAUGCUGUUUCCAUGCUUGUCGAAAGACAUCAAGAUACUUUGAAAAGAAUUGAUUGUGUCAGCCCAAUAUGCCUUGAGGCGGUGGUUCCGGAAGAUGUCCACAGUGGUGCUUUAUAUGACUACCAGCUUCAAGGUUUGCAAUGGAUAUUUGAUAACUUCAAAAGUAGGAGGAACAUUAUUCUUGCUGAUGAAAUGGGUCUUGGCAAAACUGUGCAAGUUGUUUGCUUUCUCAAUCAUAUAAUCAAGGGAAGUUUCACAACAUUUCCGGCACUGGUUCUUGCUCCUAAGAGCAUCCUAUUGCAAUGGGAAAAGGAAUUUGGUCGCUGGGGAAGCAAUCUUAACGUUAUUAUCUAUCAAGGAGACAAGGAAUCUAGGAAGUGUAUUCAAGCUCAUGAAAUGUACUCGUCUCAAGGAAAGAUUUUAUUUGAUGCUCUCGUUACAAGCUAUGAAUUUGUCCAAAUUGAUAAAGCAGUUUUACAGAAGUUUAAGUGGUCUACAAUUGUCAUUGAUGAAGCUCACAGAAUGAAGAAGCUUGACUGUAACCUUGCAACUUGCCUAAAGCGAUACAGUUCUGAGUUUCGCUUGCUGCUGACAGGAACGCCGUUGCAGAAUAACAUGCUGGAACUAUUUUCAUUGCUUCAUUAUAUUGAUUCAGAUGAGUUUUCUGACCCCAAGGCUGAUGGUCUGUUUGCACCCAUUGAAUCUGGAAAGGUGUUGACCAUGGACGAGAAAAUUGCUCGGAUCCAUGAUAUAUUAAAGCCUAGGAUGUUGAGGAGAAUGAAAUCUGAUGUUCUAACAGAUUCCAUGCCUACAAAGAAGUGGGUAGAAGUUCCAUGUGCACUAACAGAUUCCCAGAGAGAACUUUAUAUUGAUAUUUUAGAGAGGAACUAUUCAAAGUUGAAUGGUGCUAUUAAGAACGGGAAGAAGCUUGCUCUGAACAACAUACUUAUGCAACUGAGAAAAUGCUGCAAUCACCCUUAUCUAUUUCAAGGACAGGAAACUAAACAGCAAGCAGAAGAUAUUUUCCUUUCACUUGUUGCUGCAUCAGGGAAGCUUCAACUGUUACAUAAGUUGCUUCCAAGAUUGAAAGAAAGGGGAAAUCGUGUACUGAUCUUCUCACAAAUGACCAUGAUGCUUGAUAUUCUUGAGGAUUUUCUUUUUUACCUGGGUUACAAAUAUGCGCGCAUUGAUGGACAGACAUCACUCUCAGCAAGACAGGAAAGCAUAAAAGAAUACAACAGAGCUGAAAGCGAAACAUUCAUUUUCUUGAUGUCAACUCGUGCUGGUGGUCUUGGCGUUGACCUUCCUGGUGCUGAUAGAGUAAUUAUAUACGAUCCUGAUUUCAACCCAUUUAUGGACUUGCAAGCACAAUCCAGGGCCCACCGGAUUGGGCAGACCCGACCAGUAGUUGUUUACCAGCUCAUUACCAAGUGUUCUGUUGAAGAGAAGAUACUGCAGAAGUCUAAGCAGAAGUUGGCUAUUGAGAAUAUCUUAAUGAACUCUUCCAAGAAGCCAAAUGCAGAUGAGUUGCAAUCUGUACUACUCCAUGGAGCCAAGGCAAUUAUUGACAGGAAAAAGAUCAGUGCCACUUCAAUCAACUUUGACGACGAAGCCAUCGAGAAUCUCCUAAAGUUAGACCCUAGUUCUGAAGAGAAGUGCUCUACAGAUGAUAACGGUUACCUUGGGAGCAUUGUGAGCUUUGCGCAUGGCGGGGAAGAUGAAGAGCCUGGAUCCCCCAACGUCCAGGAUCUGAUAGUUUAUAAGCCUGCUACCCCCAAGGUGGAUCUUGGCCGUGGUAAGAGGCAGAGGAGAGCCGUGAACUAUGCUGAUGCGAUUGAGAACUCGGAUAGCGAUGAUAUGUAUGCUCCAGAGGAUUCCUCAUCAAGUAGCAGCUCUUCUGACAACGAUAGUGAAGAGCCAGACCGCGUAAUUCCUGCACCCAUAGUUACUGCACCUGUAAUUCCUGCACUCGAAGCUCCUAAUGGUUCAUCAUCAAGAAGCAGCUCUUCUGAUGAUGAGCAGCCUGAUCGCGCAAUUCCUGCUCCUGAAGCUCCAAAGGGUUCCUCAUCAAGUAGCAGCUCAUCUUCUGACGAUGAGCCAGACAGCCUAACUCUUGCAUCUGAAGCUCCAAGGGGUUCCUCGUCAAGUAGCAGCUCUUCUGAUGACGAUGACUCAUGCACCCGAACCUGA